GCAAGAAUGCAGUGACAGGUCUAGACCUGAACUUCCGCAUUGAGCAGGAAGAAGUCAACAGUCAGAAAGCCAGAUGCAAUCCACAUCAACACACCCAAAUCUGCCUGCAUAUGACUGUUUUUUUUUUGGGUGUUGAUUUUUCUUAGUGAAUAAUACUUUCAGGCUGAACUGAUGUCCAUGAAGCUGUUAUCUUGAAGCUAACUGGUGAAACAAGGAUUAAAACAUUUGAGAAGAUGGAUGACAUUGACGCCAUGUUCAGCGACCUGCUGGGGGAGAUGGACCUCCUCACACAGAGUCUCGGACAGGAAACGGUACCUCCCGAACCUCUACUUCUCCCCGCCACCAAUGAGGAAAUCAACUUCUCCAUUGGCUUCACUGACCUGAAUGAGUCGCUCCAUGAACUGGAGGACAAUGAUUUGGACGCGCUCAUGGCUGAUUUGGUGGCUGACCUCAGCGCGACUGAAGAGAAGCUUGCAGCAGAGAUAGAAGGUCUGAAGGUGCCAUCACCGCCCCAAUCAGACUUGCCGCCGCCGCCUAAAGGCCUGAGCACCCACUCUGCCUCUCCCCACGCUUCACCAGCGAGCAGCACACGAAGCAGCGUUAGCACCCCGGCCUCCUCUGCCGCCUCCCCUUUACCACCUCCGCCUCCUCAGUCUUCAAAGCCAACAAAGGAGGAAAUUGAGGCACAGAUGAAAGCAGACAAAAUCAAACUUGCUCUUGAGAAGCUCAAGGAAGCUAAAGUGAAAAAGUUGGUGGUGAAGGUGCUGAUGAAUGACGGCAGCUCCAAAACUCUGAUGGUCGAUGAGAGGCAGAAUGUCAGGGAGGUUCUGGACAACCUGUUUGAAAAGACUCACUGCGACUGCAAUGUGGACUGGAGCUUGUGUGAGACCAACCCUGAGCUGCAACUCGAGCGGGCAUUUGAAGACCACGAGAACCUUGUGGAGCCACUCUCAGCAUGGACGAGGGACAGCGAGAACAAAGUCCUUUUUCAAGAGCGCAAAGAAAAAUAUGAGGUUUUCAAAAACCCACAGAACUUUUAUCUAUGGAAAAAGGAUAAGAAAGCUCUCAAAGACAUAAAAGACAAAGACAAGGAUAUAUUAAUACAGGAGAACUUCUGCGGGACUUCCAUCAUCGUGCCUGAUCUGGAGGCGGUGCUGCACCUCAAAGAAGACGGCAAGAAGUCCUGGAAGCAGCGGCUCUUCCAGCUGAGGGCCUCGGGAAUUUAUUAUGUGCCCAAAGGGAAGACCAAGUCAUCUCGUGACCUUGUUUGCUUCCUCCAGUUUGACAAUGUAAACGUCUACUAUGGCAAAGACUUUAAGAGCAAAUACAAGGCCCCAACUGACUUCUGCUUUGUUCUGAAGCAUCCUCAAAUCCAGAAGGAGUCUCAGUACAUCAAGUAUCUGUGCUGUGAUGACGCCUGGACCAUGAAUCUUUGGGUGACUGGAAUACGCAUUGCAAAGUACGGAGCGUCGCUGUAUGAAAACUAUAAAACAGCCGAGAAGAAGGCGGCUGUCAGCUCUGUGUGGACAAACCGCAGCACGCCAUCGAGCUCCAAUCCAUCAACGCCCUCACCCACCAUCAAAGCCAAGUCACCAAGCCAGGCAAACGGUCAUGCUACCAAACCCCGACCUGCAUCUCAGGACUUCGGAAAUAUCCCACCUCCACCUCCACCUCCACCCCUACCAUCAACUGAGAUUCUCCCACCACCACCUCCAGACCCAGUGCUCCCUCCACCACCUCCUUUGGCAGCCAAGAGUUAUGCAAAACCUGUUCCCCCCCAGCGACACCUGCCAACCAACUUCCCUCCACCUGCAAUGGACAACCUCCCUCCUCCACCCCCGCCUCCACCCAUGGAUGACUCCUCAGAGGCCCCACCAGACUUCCUUCCGCCCCCUCCUCCGGCCGCUGGCUUUGGUUCGCUGCCUCCGCCUCCUCCGCUGUUGAUGAACUCCCUACCACCGCCGCCUCCCAGUUUUGGGGGUAUGGACCAGUCUCUGCCUCCUCCGCCACCAGAUCCAGAGUUUUUACCACCUCCUCCAACUCAGCAAGUGUACAUAGGGGCUGGAGCGCCCCCUCCACCUCCGCCGCCUCCUCCACCUGCUGCUGCAGCUGCUGCCCCGAGAGCACCGGUGCGGCCCUCUGGAUCAGUGAAGAAGCUGCCUCCUGCUCCGCCAAAGAGGACUACACCCUCGCUGCUUGGAGAAGGAGGAGGGGGAGGAGGUGGAGACUUCAUGUCAGAACUCAUGCUAGCCAUGCAGAAGAAACGUAGCGAUCAUUAGCUUGAGCAGGUAGUUUGUGGAGUAUAAAGAACAACUUAACCCUUAAUCAGCCUUUUCUUGAUUCCAGCAAAACUGCGUUUUACAGCCACAGACAUCAGCCACUGGAGAUCAAUACACACAUCAUCUCUUCAACAAUACAGACAUUCAUCCAUUAUCCUUCUUAUCCUUAAGUGCUUAUCGAAGACAUAACCAUGCAUGACUCCAGACAGAGGGUAAUUGUUCUACAGACCAGUUUUGAAACUUUAGCUGAGACACCAAUGACUGUCACAGUUAGCUGUAGGAAAAUGUAAUACAACAAACACGAGGUGUAAUUUUUUUUGUGCAUGACAUAAAAAAUAUCAUGCUGUUAUCAUUCUUUAAAGAGACAUUUUUUCGAUAGAAUUGUGUAUAUUGUCAUAUUUGCCUGGAGGGCUGUAAAUAUACCACUUUCCCACCUACACUGGAAUAUACACUGUACCCAGUUAGUUAGCAAAGGUCUUUUACCCAAAUAAAUCCCUUUAAUUCCUGGUGACAUAAGAAAUGCAUGGACUGAGCAUCAUUUCUUACUGGACUGAUUUAUUGGGUGGUCCUCCUGUCAUCUAGUGGAACCUGCUGCUAUUGGCUGUUUAAAAACACAUGAUGUAUGACAUACGGUACGGUCUAUCUAAAAGCAACAACCUCCCUGGAUUAAGUAUCAUAAUCGAUCAGUGUAACGCCUUGAAGAUGCUGUAAAACUCUAACAAAUGAAACAGCACUGGACCUAGUUACAUUUUGUAUCUCUGCUGUGCAUGUGAAUAGUAUGCAGUGUUUAAUGUGGUACUGUAUAAGAACCUGGAUGCAUAAAAAAGCAACAGGACAGCCUCUCAAAUCAGCAUCUUUGUCUUUAUUUUGGAGUCAAAGGGGAAAUACAAGGUGCUUGAAGGUAUUUAGCUGAUUACAAUUUUAUGAUCAAAAGGCUAUUUCAUUUUUCAUUACACAGCUAUGACCUUGACAUUUUGGAGCAAAUAUAUUCCACUAUCCUGACAGGAUUAACCAAAAUAUACCACAAAAGACCAUUUAAGUUACAAUUCUUCUUCACUUGAGUAUUUUGCUCUUUUGGGGGCUCACUCAUGAUGAACAGCUGACCUUUAACCUCUUAGCCCACAGUGGAGGUCUUGCUGCAUAGCCCGCCUCCUCUGCAGUCUCUUGUGUAACAAAGGGGAAGGACAAGAUGCGGUGCAGCAGCUCCACCUAAUGGGAGAAAAAUGUCACUAAUUGGCCAUUGCUGUGGUUUAACAGUUAAAAACUUUACAUCACUUAUUUAUCAGACACAUACCUCAGAAAAAUCAUUCUUCUCAGCUUUCCUUAUAGCUGACUCUGCCAUCCAGUUCCUCAGCACGUAUCUAGGGUUUACGCCUUAAAGAGAUUUUACGCAAUCAGGUGAUGAUCUUCCUGUUUUGGUCAAGAUUCAACAUCAUCACAUAACAGAAAUGUUAAAACCCAGUGACUCAUGAUAUCAUGAGUCAUUGGGUUUUAAAGGGCUGAUCAACAUUAAUAUGUAGAUUCAGUGGCUUACUUUUCAUCCUGUUUUGACGAUCCAAAUCUGUAUCAUUUUCUUGUCUGAACAGGAGGAGAAAAAAAAGAAACAUUUCAGAGAACAAACUAGGACAUAGUUUGACAAUACACAUUUCUUUGCUUACCUGCUGACUCGGAGGAAGUACAUACUGAGCCAAUCAGAGAAGUGCUUGUGCGAUGAUAAGUCACCAAGGGCCCACAUCUAAUACACACACAAAAAAACAUUAAAAACAUACCUCUAAAUUGA